AUGCCUACGCCGGAGUCCGCAAUGUUCCUGGCCAAAAAGCCAAAGGUUGCGGCCAACUUCGAGGGUGUUGACUAUGACGACAAUGUUGCCUUGAAAGGUGCACAGGACGCCAUUAUCCGUGAGCAGUGGGUCCAGAGCAUGAUGGCAAGGCUAGUCAGGGAGGAGAUGGGCAAGUGCUACCGGAGGGAGGGAGUUAACCACUUGGAGAAAUGUGGGCAUCUGCGAGAGCGCUACUUUGAGCUCCUGAAGAAUGCCAAGGUCAAGGGAUACCUGUUUGCACAGCAGAACUACAACGAUAUGCCUGCGUCGAAGCCGGCUGCCUAG